AUGGGUUUGCUGACAGCAAGAUGGUAUAACAAGUUUGACAUCACAGGCGAACCAGGAAAGGCUUCACGUCCGAAGCGCUCCCCCAGGUCUGGCGACCCAGGAAAGGCUUCACGUCCGAAGCGCUCCCCCAGGUCUGGCGACCCAGGAAAGGCUUCACGUCCGAAGCGCUCCCACAGGUCUGGCGACCCAGGAAAGGCUUCACGUCCGAAGCGCUCCCCCAAGUCUGGUCCUGUCGGCCCCAUAUCUCAGGACACGACGGAGCGGACGAUGGCGUGGGAGGUCUAA